AUGGCGCUAAACUUCACUAUCAAUCCGCGCAACCCUCCUUUAGGGGCUCUCCUGGUGGCAGAACAUGUGAAGGGGACUGUCCAGCUGUCCGUGGAAGAAGGCAAAGACACAAAGCUUCAUGUGUCGGACUCAAUCCAGUUCAACGAUGCCAACUCCAUUAGUCGCUACUUGGCCCGUGUAGCUCCUGCCCUGGGCCUCUAUGGAGCUAACAUGAUGGAGCAAACUGAAAUUGAUCAUUGGCUGGAGUUCAGUGCUCGGCGAAUCUAUGGUCAGUCAGAUUUGGCCGCUCCUCUCGACGAGUUGGACAAGGCUCUGUCUCUGCGGACCUUCGUGGUGGGACACGCCCUCACUCUGGCAGAUCUGUCAGUGUGGGCUGCUCUCAAAGAUCAUAAAGAAUGGCCGUCCAAGGGAAAGUCCUUCACCCACGUCAAUCGCUGGUUCUUCUUCUUGAACGCUCAGGUCCCUUUCUCAUCCGUGGGCAAUAAGUACGUCGGUAAAAAAGCUCCAGAGGCCAGAUCCAGUUCUGUGGAGAAGGAAAAGAAGCAGGAUGUUGGAAAAUUUGUGGAAUUGCCAGGAGCUGAAAUGGGCAAAGUGGUUGUUCGCUUUCCCCCCGAGGCCAGUGGAUAUCUUCAUAUUGGCCAUGCUAAGGCUGCUCUGCUCAACCAACACUACCAGCUGACAUUCAAAGGCAAACUCAUCAUGCGGUUUGACGACACCAACCCUGAGAAGGAGAAGGAGGACUUUGAGAAGGUGAUCCUGGAGGACGUUGCCAUGCUGCAGAUCAAACCAGACCAGUUCACCUACACCAGCGAUCAUUUCCCAGCCAUCAUGCGCUACGCCGAGAAGCUCCUGACCGAGGGCAAGGCGUAUAUCGACGACACUCCUCCAGAGCAGAUGAAACAGGAGCGAGAGCAGCGUACGGAGUCAAAGUGCCGCAGUAACACUUUGGAGCAGAACAUGAAGAUGUGGUCUGAGAUGAAAGCGGGCACAGACUUUGGCCAGACCUGCUGCAUGAGGGCCAAGAUGGACAUGAGCUCCAACAACGGCUGCAUGAGGGACCCCACGCUUUACCGCUGCAAGAACGCCCCCCACCCCCGCACCGGGACCACAUACAGAGUUUACCCCACAUAUGAUUUCGCGUGCCCGAUCGUGGACAGUGUGGAGGGAGUGACCCAUGCCCUCAGGACCACAGAGUACCACGACCGCGAUGACCAAUAUUACUGGUUAAUCAACACUCUGGGUAUAAGAAAGCCUUACAUCUGGGAGUAUGCACGUCUCAAUCUCAACAACACGGUUCUGUCCAAGAGGAAACUCACCUGGUUUGUGGAUCAGGGAUAUGUCGAUGGCUGGGACGACCCUCGUUUCCCGACAGUGAGAGGAGUGCUUAGAAGAGGAAUGACAGUGGAGGGAUUGAAACAGUUUAUAGCUGCUCAGGGUGGCUCCAGAUCUGUGGUGAACAUGGAAUGGGACAAGAUUUGGGCAUUCAACAAAAAGGUCAUUGAUCCAAUAGCUCCCAGAUACACAGCCCUCUCCAGCUCCUAUGUGGUCCCUGUGUCCGUCCCUGAAGCAACGGAGGGGAAGAAGGAAGCCGCAAAACAUCCCAAGAACGCUGAAGUAGGAAUGAAGGAGGUUUGGUACGGGCCGCGGGUUUUGAUUGAAGGAGCGGACGCCGAGACCUUCUCUGUGGGCGAGGUGGUGACUUUUAUCAACUGGGGAAACCUCAUCAUCACCAAGAUUAACAAAGCCAGCGAUGGGAAGGUUCUCUCCAUGGAGGCUCGGCUCAACCUUGAGAAUACAGACUACAAGAAAACGACAAAGAUUACCUGGCUGGCUGAAACCACCAGCGCUCCUCUGCUGCCCACGGUGUGUGUCAACUACCAGCCCAUCAUCACCAAAGCAGUCCUGGGUAAAGACGACGACUUCAAGGACUACAUCAACAAGAACAGCAAGCUGGAGGAAAAGAUGCUUGGAGACCCCUGUCUGAAGGACCUAAAGAAAGGAGACCUCAUCCAGCUCCAGAGGCGAGGUUUUUACAUUUGUGACCAGCCGUACGAACCCAUCAGCCCCAACAGUUGCAAGGAGAGCCCCUGUGUCCUCUUCUACAUCCCGGACGGUCACACAAAGGAAAUGCCGACUGCAGGUUCCAAGGAUAAGAACAAGACUCCAAACAAUACACCCUCCACAGUCAAAGCAUCCUCUAAAGUACCAGCCACAGCCGCCACUCCCGCCACUCCCGCCACAGCCGCCACAUCCGCCACAUCCGCCACAGCCGCCACAGCCGCCUCUGCAGCUUCAGGCAGUGAUCUGUUCUCGGGCAUUGUGGCUCAGGGAGAGACAGUGCGCACGUUAAAGUCUGCAAAGGCUCCAAAAGAAGAGGUGGACAAGGCCGUGCAGCAGCUCCUGUCUCUGAAGGCACAGUUUAAGCAGGCGACAGGCAUGGACUACAAACCAGGCAUGAGUCCUCCAGUAUCCGGCCCGGCUCCAUCAUCCGCACAAACCGGCUCUUCCACUUGUCCAUUCACCCGGGUGUCAGAGCAGGGAGAGCUUGUUCGAAAACUCAAGUCAGAGAAAGCUCCUAAGGACCAGAUUGACGCCGCAGUGAAGCAGCUGCUGGCUCUGAAAGCAGAGUUUAAAAACCUGACUGGUCAGGAGUACAAACCAGGCAUGGCCCCAACUGCCCCCUCUGCUCCAGCCCCCUCUUCAUCUUCCUCUUCUUCAGACCUCUUUGAGCGCGUCGCAAAGCAGGGUGAAGUGGUCAGGCUGCUCAAGACUGACAAAGCUCCAAAGGAUCAGGUCGAUGCAGCAGUGAAGCAGCUCCUUGCACUGAAAGCAGAAUACAAACAGAAGACUGGUAUGGACUAUAAACCUGGAGCCGCCCCUGCUCAGAAGAGCCCCGCCCCUGUCCAAGCCACACCCACCCCUGUCCAGGCCACACCCACUGCUGCGCUCUCUGCAACAGGCCUUUAUGAGAAAGUUGCUGAACUUGGAGACGUUGUCAGGAAACUGAAGGCCGAAAAAGCUCCAAAAGAUAAGGUGGACGCUGCGGUCAAACAGUUGUUGGCUCUAAAGGCAGAAUACAAACAGCAGACUGGACAAGAAUAUAAGCCUGGUGCACAAGCCCCAGCUAGCCCUGCCCAACCUCCGUCCCCAGCCCCCUCUACCCCCUCUCCUCAAGCUGAAGAGCUGUAUGCACAGGUCUCACAGCAGGGAGAGCUUGUGCGAAAACUGAAGUCAGAAAAGGCCUCCAAGGAUCAAGUGGACGUGGCAGUGAAGACUCUUCUGGAUUUAAAGAACAAGUACAAGACACUGACCGGACAAGAGUACAAGCCGAUGUCUGCUGCAGGAGGAAACGGAGGGGAAAAUAAGAGUCGCAAAGAGAAGGAGAACAAGUCUGAGAAACAGGGAGGUGCUGGAGGAGGAGGAAAGAGAAGCAAAGGAGAGAAACCCAGCAAAGAGGCCGCUGGGGGAGCAGGAGGAGAGGGUCAAGGGCCCAAGAAACAGACACGAUUGGGUCUUGAAGCAAAGAAAGAGGACAAUCUGUCUGACUGGUAUUCUCAGGUCAUCACCAAAGCAGAGAUGAUUGAAUACUAUGACGUUAGCGGCUGCUAUGUGCUGCGGCCCUGGUCCUUCGCCAUUUGGGAAUCCAUCAAGGAAUUUUUUGACCGAGAGAUUAAGAAACUCGGUGUGGAAAACUGCUACUUCCCCAUGUUUGUGUCUCAGGCCGCUCUGGAGAAGGAGAAGACGCACAUCGAGGACUUUGCCCCAGAAGUUGCAUGGGUGACGCGGUCGGGGAAGACGGAGUUGGCCGAGCCCAUCGCGGUCAGGCCCACCAGUGAGACCGUGAUGUACCCUGCGUACGCUAAAUGGGUCCAGUCCCACAGAGAUCUGCCAAUCAAACUGAAUCAGUGGUGCAAUGUUGUGAGAUGGGAGUUCAAACACCCCCAGCCUUUCCUGAGGACUCGAGAGUUUUUGUGGCAAGAAGGUCACACUGCCUUUGCGACCAAAGAGGAGGCUGCUGAAGAAGUGCUGCAGAUUCUGGACUUGUACGCUAAGGUCUAUGAGGAGCUGAUGGCCAUCCCGGUGGUGAAGGGAAGAAAGACCGAGAAGGAAAAGUUUGCAGGAGGAGAUUACACCACUACUGUCGAAGCUUUCAUCUCUGCCAGUGGUCGAGCCAUUCAGGGUGCCACUUCGCAUCAUCUAGGUCAAAACUUUGCUAAAAUGUUCGAGAUCAUGUUUGAGGACCCCAAAAAGCCUGGAGAGAAGCAGCUGGCCUUCCAGAACUCAUGGGGCAUCACCACCAGGACCAUCGGGGUCAUGACGAUGGUCCACGGAGACAACAUGGGGCUGGUGCUGCCCCCCAGAGUCGCCUGUUUACAGGUGGUGGUCAUCCCCUGUGGCGUGACCGCAUCUCUCCCAGAGGACCAGAAGGGGGCGCUGCUGAGUCAGUGUUCCAAAUACAUGAGCCGACUCCUGGGGGCUGGUGUCAGGGUCAAGACGGACCUCAGGGACAACUACUCUCCCGGCUGGAAGUUCAACCACUGGGAACUGAAGGGAGUCCCAAUCCGCCUGGAAGUGGGUCCCAAAGACAUGCAGCAGAGGCAGUGUGUGGCCGUGAGGAGAGACACUGGGGAGAAGCUGACGAUUCCCGACGCUGAGGUGGAGAAGAGGAUACCUGCGCUGCUAGAGGAAAUACAAACCUGGCUUUUCAACAAAGCCUCUGACGACUUGAGGACUCACAUGGUCGCUGUGGACACCAUGGACGAGUUUCAGAUAGAGUUGGACCAAGGAAAGAUCGUCCAAAUCCCCUUCUGUGGAGAAAUCGAGUGUGAAGACGGGAUCAAGAAAAUCACUGCAAAGGACCAGGACCUGGAGCCUGGAGCGCCAUCUAUGGGAGCCAAGAGUCUCUGCAUCCCCUUCUCGCCGCUGAAGACCCUAAAACCUGGUCAACUACUAAAGAUAACUCUGCUGCUACAAGUCAAAGGGCUUUUAGAAACUGGAUCGGGAAUAACAAACAAUUUUGACCGUCUGAGGAUCUCAGGAACUCAAGUUUGCUGGUGA